AUGGCUCCUGGAGAGAAGAUCAAAGCCAAAAUCAAGAAGAAUCUGCCCGUGACGGGACCUCAGGCGCCUAACAUCAAAGAGCUGAUGCAGUGGUACUGUCUGAACACCAACACCCAUGGCUGCCGCCGCAUUGUGGUGUCGCGUGGCCGCCUCCGGCGCCUGCUCUGGAUUCUCUUCACGCUGACGGCCGUGGCCCUCAUUUUCUGGCAGUGUGCCCUCCUCAUCUCAUCCUUCUAUACCGUCUCUGUCUCCAUCAAAGUCCACUUCCAAAAGCUGGAUUUUCCUGCGGUCACCAUCUGCAACAUCAACCCUUACAAGUACAGUGCUGUGCGCCACCUCCUAGCCGACUUGGAACAGGAGACCAGAGCGGCCUUGAAGACCCUGUAUGGCUUUUCAGAGAUUACGUCUCGGAAACGCCGAGAGGCACAGUCCUGGAGUUCAGUCAGGAAGGGCACUGAUCCCAAAUUCCUCAACCUAGCCCCACUGAUGGCCUUUGAGAAGGGUGAUACGGGCAAGGCCAGGGACUUCUUUACGGGACGGAAGCGGAAAGUCAACGCAAGAAUCAUUAACAAGGCAUCAGAUGUCAUGCAUAUCCACAAUUCCAAGGAGGUGGUGGGAUUCCAGCUGUGUUCUAAUGACACAUUGGACUGUGCAGUCUACACCUUCAGUUCAGGGGUCAAUGCAAUCCAGGAAUGGUACAAGCUACACUACAUGAAUAUCAUGGCGCAGGUGUCUCAGGAGAAGAAAAUCAACAUGAGCUACUCUGCUGACGAGCUGCUGAUCACUUGCUUCUUUGACGGGGUGUCCUGCGAUGCCAGGAACUUCACGCUUUUCCACCAUCCAAUGUAUGGGAAUUGCUACACAUUCAACAAUAGACAAAAUGAGACUAUCCUCAGCACCUCCAUGGGAGGCAGUGAGUUUGGGUUGCAGGUCAUCCUGUACAUAAAUGAAGAAGAGUACAAUCCCUUUCUAGUGUCCUCCACUGGGGCUAAGGUGAUUGUCCAUCGGCAGGACGAAUACCCCUUCGUUGAGGACGUGGGAACAGAGAUUGAGACGGCCAUGGCCACCUCCAUAGGAAUGCACCUGACGGAGUCCUUCAAGCUGAGUGAUCCCUACAGCCAGUGCACAGAGGACUGGAGUGACGUGCAGAUCACGAACAUCUACAACGCCACGUAUUCCUCCCAGAUCUGCCUUCACUCAUGCUUCCAGGCAAAGAUGGUAGAGAACUGUGGGUGUGCCCAGUACAGUCAGCCUCUACCUCAGGGAGCCGACUACUGCAACUACCAACAGCACCCCAACUGGAUGUACUGCUACUACCAGCUGCACCAGGCCUUCGUCCGGGAAGAGCUGGGCUGCCAGUCAGUCUGCAAGGAAGCCUGCAGCUUUAAGGAGUGGACACUGACCACCAGCCUGGCACAGUGGCCAUCGGAGGUCUCCGAGAAAUGGUUGCUGUCCGUUCUCACCUGGGACCAAAGCCAGCAAAUAAAGAAGAAACUCAACAAGACAGACUUGGCCAAACUCUUGAUAUUCUACAAAGACCUGAACCAGAGAUCCAUCAUGGAGAACCCUGCCAACAGUAUCGAGCAGCUUCUGUCCAACAUCGGCGGCCAGCUGGGCCUGUGGAUGAGCUGCUCUGUCGUCUGCGUCAUUGAGAUCAUCGAGGUCUUCUUCAUCGACUCCCUCUCCAUCAUUGCCCGCCAGCAGUGGCACAGAGCCAAAGGGUGGUGGGCCCGGAGACGGGCCCCCGCAUGCCCCGAGGCUCCCCGCACCUGGCAGGGCCAGGUCAACCCCGGCCUCAACAUAGACGAUGACCUGCCCACUUUCACCUCCGCCUUGAGCCUGCCUCCAGCCCCAGGGGCCCAGGUGCCCGGCACGCCACCCCCCAGAUACAACACCCUGCGCUUGGAGAGGGCCUUCUCCAGUCAGCUCACAGACACGCAGGAGGCCGCUGAGUCCUGA